AUGUCUAAUAAUAAUAUAAUAAUAUCAAAUUUACAACCGCCUAUACCUAAUAGUAAAUUACCAUUACCAUUACCAAUUGCAUUAUCAUUGAAACUAAAUAAUAAUUUAAUCGAAGAUCUUAAACAUGGUAAAUAUUCAAAAGUAAAAUUGAUUGUUAAAGAUGGAAAUUAUUCAUUGAAAUUAGUAUCUAAAGAUGGUAGUGAUGAUAAGAUCUAUCGAUUUAGAAAGUUAACUGAAGAUUUGAAAGUUGAUAUUUAUUCAAUUCUUAAAGACUCAAAUUCAAUAUAUAACGGAAGAAUACAGAAUAAGUUGAGUAUUAUAACUGAUGAGAAACGAAUUAAACAAUUUAAUUAUUCAAGUGCUACUACAACUCCAAAUUUAAGUAAAGUUUCAACUCCAGUUAACAAAAUUGAACCACUACCUACUCAAUCCACAUAUGAAGUUUAUAAAAAUUCAAAAAUUUUUGAAAAUGAUCUACGAUCAUUUCUUCAUUUAAUUGCAUUAGGACCGAUUAAUAAAGAACAUAUAAAACAGUUGACAAAUUUAAAUGAAGAUGUGCUAGAGAAGUAUUUAACUACUUAUUGUCAAGUACAUAAUAAGAAUGAUCCAUUUACUGCAAAUGACAACUACAAAUAUUAUGAAUCAAAUGGUCAUAUCCUAAAAGAUAAAAGUUAUAGAGAUUUACAACCUAUGAAAUUUCCAUAUGAACAUAAAGAAGAAAAUCUUGUUGUUGUUUUAUGUAAUAAUGCAUUAAAUAGAUUAGGCUAUUCACAAAAUCAUCCAUUAAGAAAGAAAAUAAUAGACAAGGAAGAAGAUCAUCAUGAAAUCAAUCAAAGUAAAUUAGGUGGUGGAUUCCUAUCUACUCAUAAGAAAAUUACAAGUCAACCACAAUCACCUGCAAUAACUCAAGCUCAAAAUUAUAAAAGGAAAGAGGCAUUUAAUUCACAACCACAAUCACCAGCAAUUACAUUAGGACAUGAAAAGAAAGAGUCAAUAAAUUCUCAACCACCAUCACCUACAAUUAAUCUACAUAAAAAGAAAGAAUCAAUAACUUCACAACCUCAGUCACCAGCACCUUUUCAAACUCAUAAAAAGAAAGAAUCAAUAACUUCACAACCUCAAUCACCAGCACCUUUUCAAACUCAUAAAAAGAAAGAAUCAACAACUUCAUCUCCACAAUCCCCAAUACCCGAAAAAUCAACAACUACAACUACAACUUCAACAAAACGUAAAUUAUCAAAUUCAUCAUCUAAUUCAUCUUCUGCAUUGUCAUCGGAUGAAGAAUCAAAGAAUAAAACAAAUAAUUACACUUCCCCACCUUCAUCUUCAGAAGAAGUAUAUGAAAUUAAUCUUAAACAUAUGUCAUAUUAUCAAGAUAUAGCAAUGAAAUUUAAAUCUAAAUAUAAAGAAUAUAAUGAAUUAUAUCAAUCAUUACAAAAACACCAUGAAGAAGAUAAGGAUAAAUUGGUUAAAUUGUUUGAAAUGCAUAACGUAUUAGCAAAUUGGAAAAAGAUCUUAUGGGAUUUCGAUAAGGAGUCAAAGAUGAAGAACAAAAAGAACAUCGAUAGAAUUAGUCCAGUUAAGAAAAGGAAAAUCAUGUUAGAUUAUUAG